GGGAAGCCGAGAUUCCAACCGAAAAGGGCUCUCUGGUAAUUCCCGAUAGAGCUAUUUGUACCUCGAAUAUCGUUAAAAUGGGUUCCAGUUCUUCCAAGCCGUCUCGUACAUUGGCCAAGACUGUGGGAGAGGUUGCCCGUAAUACUUCCAAACCCAUAAUUAGAUCACAGCCGAACCUCCUUCAGCCAGUGAAACAACCGCCCCAAGCGACUGCUCCUGCCACAAGAUCGUUUGAUGAGCCAACUAAUGCCAAACUUCAAUCAUCUGAGGAUAUCAACUCCAUAAAGAACGCCCAUAUUCCAGAAGCCCCGGUGGAUACACGUUUCAAUAAGAGUGCCAUGGCCAUGGGGAUGCUCAGCGUGCAAAUGGCUCAUUUAAAGAUCAAUCCCGAUAACCCAGCGUACCAGAUGGCCGUAAACAGACAGCGCCUUCUUGCCUUGGCGAAAGAACAGGCAGAUGAAGACGCUCCCCGCACAAUGGUGACCGCUAAUGAGUUGGGCCAGAUCGUGGAAGAUCUCAGCGAAGGUGUAGUUCCGCAGGAGCACUUGAUGAAGCAGUACAACGUUUCCGCCGAAAUCUUCACAAAGCUCAACCCGAGAUUCAAGCUUGCCCAGACCGACUUCAGAUCGAUGGAUGAGUCCAAGGACGAGACCGAAGACUCCGAGUGGGAGGGGAUCGGUAUUGAUGCAGCGAUCGACCACGAAAAGCACUACCUGUUCAAGGAGGACCAGCAAAAGUGGUUGGAGAUGAAGAAGAAGCGAUUGGCUGCCUACAAUGCCGUGUUCAACCCGGAGCUCUUCCGAUAGGAAACGGGCUUCUUGUAUAUACUUAACGAGCUCAUUCAUCAGGAGAUUUUGGACCAUUCAGGGGGGAUUUGUCAUAGACGUAUCUACGUAUUUGUAGGAGUUUUCUAUCUGAUAACAUGUUUACGCCGGGACUCUUUCCCAAAAACGAAUCGCAAGCCACUAGGUAAGACUUUCCUGGAGGCUUGUAGAACUUGAACGGUGAUAAUCCAUUUACAAUCCCGUAUUCAAUAUAUUCAGUUCAAGAUGGGUGCCCCCUUGGACUAAUCGCUCAAACCUGGAGCGUUGGGAUAUUUCUACGUCUUACACAUUUGUUUCAAGUCUAAGCCUUCAAUAACACCCCUGAAAUGAGACUACGAUUACGUUU